CCCAACGGUCAAAAUGAGCAGUGUGAAUAUAGAAGCGGCGAAGAUCGAGGAAGUCAAGACUCGGGUACCGACGGUCAGAGUAUUAAAGAUAUUGACAAUAAUCUCAGCCUUGCUGUUGGUUUUAAUAACCGCAGCGCUGGUUGCUGUGGUGUUGGUCUUUUACCUUCCUCACAAGUGUGUGGACAAUGAAGCUUGCAAGACAUCUGAUUAUGUUGCCUGUGGUUGUGGACAACGUAAAGUUCGACCCUUCCACCACAGGAUUGUAGGUGGAGUGAGCACUCGUGAUGGAGAAUGGCCAUUUAUAGCAAGUUUACAAUACAAUGGACAUCAUGAAUGCGGAGCAACGCUAAUCUCCUGUAGAUGGAUUUUAUCAGCUGCACAUUGCUUUAAGAACACCACGGAUACAGACAACUGGACUGCAGCGUUUGGAGUCCAUUUCUUGGAUCAGUCAACAAACAGUGUCCAGAAGCGAACAAUUGCAAAGAAAAUUAUUCAUCCUCUGGCAACAUCUUCCUAUGAUUACGAUGUUGUCCUUUUAGAGUUGUCCCAGCCAGUUGAAUACACUGACUUUGUCCAGCCGGCUUGUCUACCUGCAGUCAAUGCAUCUAUUUCUGGCAGAAGAUGUACAAUCAUCGGAUGGGGAAAAACAAAGGAAUAUGGAUCCACAAAUAAUGAACUUUUGGGGACUGAAGUGGAUGUUUAUGACAACAGCCAGUGCCAGCGGUACCUGCCAAACAUAACUGAGCAGAUCAUUUGUGCAAGGGCACCUGAAGGUGGCAGAGAUGCAUGUCAGGGAGAUUCAGGAGGACCCUUGCUGUGCCAAAAUGAGGAUUUUGGGGUAUGGAUGGUGGCAGGAAUUGUUUCUGCUGGAUUUGGCUGUGGAACAAAUGAUUAUCCGGGUAUAUAUAUACGGUCAGCAGCAAGUAGGGAUUGGAUAAUGGAAAGAAUGAAUGCAUGA